AUGGAACCACCUGCUGAUAUGAAAGAUCGCCUUCGUGCAUCAUACAACGCCAUCGCACCAGCGUACAACACCUGGACAGUACGUCACAACGAACUUCGUAUCAAAUACCUCGAUAAACUUAUCAGUUCUUGCCCAGAACUAGUAUCCACUGGUGAGACGGCGAAGAAGCAAGUUCUUGAGCUUGGAUGCGGAUCUGGAAGUCCCUUCAUCUCAACUCUGCUCGCGCGAGCACCGUCAAUCCACGUGCACGCCAACGACCUGUCUGAUGUUCAACUAGAUCUUGCUCGACACAACCUAGCUAAAUACCAAGAUCGUGUUGAGUUUCAUCCAGGCGACAUGAUGAAACUAGACUUUGCGCCUGGUUCCCUCACAGCAGUCAUAGCGCUGUACAGCAUUAUUCACUUGCCACAAGAAGAACAGAGAGAGAUGAUACAACGAAUUGGCAGAUGGCUUGCACCAGGCGGUAUCUUUUUGUCCACCUUUGGGACUGAUGAGGCGUCAGUCAUCAUCGAUGAGAAGUGGAUAGACGACAAGGGCUGGAUGUUUUGGAGUGCGCUUGGGAAGGAAGCGGUUAUCAAGGCGUUGACUCAGGAAGCUGGAUUGGAAGUUCAGCAUGCGGUUUUGGAAGAAGAUGCUGAUGAGAGGUUCAUGUGGAUUAUUUCGAAGAAAGGUGACGCGUAG